CAAGCAUUCCCAGUGUCCCUCUGCAUCCACUGAUGGCAGUGAACUGAUGCAAGAAAAGCCUCAAAGCUUCUCUUGGACCCUUCUCAGCUUUUGUUGAUACUGGAGAUUCAUAGUCCUUGAUUCAUUUGUUGCAUGUGUCUUCUCCAAACUCCAUGAGAUCAUUGAUAUCAAUGUCCUUGAGCUGCAUUCUUCCUUGAGCAAGCAGAUCACUCAGCAUCAAUUUAAGCUUCCAUGCCUUGUUUGUUUUUCCAUCCAUUCGAUAUAAAGUUGUUUUAGAGAGCAUAUUUGGCCAAAUCCAACACAAGCAUGGAGGAGACCUUCGAACCUUUUCACGGAAUCAAGAAUGACCUUCGAGGGAGAUUGAUGUGCUACAAGCAGGACUGGAGUAGUGGCUUCAACGCAGGCAUCAGGAUCUUGGCUCCCACUACAUACAUAUUCUUUGCAUCAGCAAUCCCAGUCAUAUCAUUUGGAGAACAGUUGGAGAGGAACACAGAUGGUGUUCUAACAGCAGUUCAAACUCUGGCAUCGACUGCACUCUGUGGCAUCAUACACUCCAUCAUAGGAGGACAGCCUCUGCUGAUUCUUGGAGUCGCAGAGCCCACCGUGCUCAUGUACACCUUCAUGUUCAACUUCGUCAAAGAUCGUGCCGAUCUCGGUCGAAACAUGUUCCUGGCAUGGACGGGAUGGGUAUGUGUUUGGACUGCGUUCUUGCUCUUCCUGUUAGCCAUUUUAGGUGCUUGUUCUAUCAUCAAUAGAUUUACUCGUUUAGCUGGGGAGCUUUUUGGCCUCCUGAUCGCAAUGCUGUUCAUGCAGCAGGCCAUCAAGGGGCUUGUUGAUGAGUUCCGGAUACCGAAAAGAGAGGACCCAAGAGAUGUAGCGUUGAUGUCGUCUUGGAGGUUUGCCAAUGGCAUGUUUGCUCUGGUUCUGUCGUUUGGGCUUCUGCUCACCGCGCUGCGAAGCAGGAAGGCACGAUCAUGGCGCUACGGCACCGGAUGGCUGCGAGGUUUCAUCGCGGAUUACGGCGUGCCGCUCAUGGUGCUCGUGUGGACCGGAGUUUCGUAUAUGCCGGCAGGUGGUGUUCCGAAAGGGAUUCCGAGACGCCUCCUCAGCCCAAAUCCAUGGUCACCUGGUGCCUAUCAGAACUGGACUGUGAUCAAGGACAUGUUGAACGUGCCCUUCCUCUACAUCCUUGGAGCUUUCAUACCGGCCACCAUGAUUGCAGUUCUGUAUUACUUCGAUCACAGCGUGGCAUCUCAGCUUGCUCAGCAGCAGGAGUUCAAUCUAAGAAAGCCACCAUCGUUCCACUAUGACCUGCUUCUUCUGGGUUUUUUGACGUUGCUAUGUGGUCUGAUCGGUAUUCCGCCUUCCAAUGGUGUCAUCCCACAAUCUCCCAUGCACACCAAGAGUCUGGCCACUCUCAAGCAUCAACUGCUUCGUAAUCGGCUGGUAGCCACUGCACGCCAGAGUAUGAGUCAGAACUCAAGCUUAAGUCAGCUCUAUGGAAGCAUGCAGGACGCGUAUCGGCAAAUGCAGACGCCAUUGAUCUACCAAGGACAGUCAGCUCGAGGAUUGAAGGAGCUAAAGGACUCUACGGUUCAGCUGGCUUCGAGCAUGGGGAGCAUGGACACACCUGUCGAUGAUUCGGUGUUCGAUAUCGACAAGGAAAUCGAUGACCUUCUUCCGGUUGAGGUCAAAGAGCAGCGUCUAAGUAACCUGUUACAGGCCAUGAUGGUAGCAGGGUGUGUUGCGGCCAUGCCGCUCCUCAAGAAGAUCCCAACGUCUGUUCUGUGGGGAUACUUCGCGUUCAUGGCCAUCGAAAGCCUGCCUGGAAACCAGUUCUGGGAGAGGAUUCUGCUGCUCUUCACUGCACCAAGCAGAAGAUACAAAGUGCUCGAGGACUACCACGCGACCUUCGUGGAAAGCGUACCUUUCAAGGCGAUCACUGCCUUCACAAUCUUCCAGACCGCGUACUUGCUCGUAUGCUUCGGGAUAACGUGGAUUCCCAUCGCAGGGGUUCUCUUUCCCCUCAUGAUCAUGCUUCUGGUGCCGGUGCGGCAGUACAUUCUCCCCAAGCUUUUCAAAGGUGCCCACCUUACCGAUCUGGAUGCAGCAGAGUACGAAGAAUCACCAGCCAUAACCUUCAACUUGCCCACGGAAGUCGACAUGGGAAGAGGAUACUCCUUCUCAGAGACCAGAGAGGUCCUGGAUGAGAUCGUGACGAGGAGCCGAGGCGAGAUCAAACACAUGAACAGUCCUAAAGUGACGAGCUCGGGAGGUACACCAGCGACAGACGUCAGGGGCCUCAGUAGUCCACGGUUGUCGGAGAAAGCUUACAGCCCUCGGGUGGGCGAACUGAGGCCGGAGCGCAGUCCUCGGGUUGGUGGCAGAAGGGCAUUCAGUCCAAGGAUGGGAGAGAUCAAACCUUCCAAGCUAGGAGAAGGUGCUCUGAAUUCUCCAAUGAAGUAGAAGAAGAGAUGGAAUGUAGUUUUCUUUUGGGUGGAUUGCUAUAUCUUGCCAUCAUAUAUGUGAAAUAUUGUAUCUGCAACUUCUCUCCCUCUCCAUAUAGAGGAGAUUAUGUAGUGUUUCCGCAAACUAUAAACGAGUCUUUAGAUUUCUCCAAAUUCUAUCAAA